GCUCCGGAAUGUCAUCGACAAGCUCGCCCAAUUCGUGGCGCGCAACGGGCCCGAGUUUGAGAAGAUGACGAUGGAGAAGCAGAAGGACAACCCCAAGUUCUCGUUCCUGUUCGGGGGCGAGUUCUACAGCUACUACAAGUGCAAGCUGGCGCUGGAGCAGCAGCAGCUGCUCUGCAAGCAGCAGGCGCCAGAGCUGGAGCCGGCCGCAGCCCUGCCGCCCCUGCCGCAGCCCCCGCCGGCACCCGCUGCGCCCAUCCCGCCCGCCCAGGGCGCCCCGUCUGUGGACGAGCUCAUCCAGCAGAGCCAGUGGAACCUGCAGCAGCAGGAGCAGCACCUGCUGGCCCUCCGACAGGAGCAGGUGACGGCGGCCGUGGCCCACGCGGUGGAGCAGCAGAUGCAGAAGCUGCUGGAGGAGACACAACUGGACAUGAACGAGUUCGACAACCUGCUGCAGCCCAUCAUCGACACGUGCACCAAGGACGCCAUCUCGGCUGGGAAGAACUGGAUGUUUAGCAAUGCCAAGUCGCCGCCGCACUGCGAGCUGAUGGCCGGCCACCUGCGCAGCCGCAUCACAGCCGAUGGGGCACACUUCGAGCUGCGGCUGCACCUCAUCUACCUCAUCAACGACGUGCUGCACCACUGGGCCCUGACGCGCGGAAGGUCUCUCCCUCACAGCCAGCGCAAGCAGGCCCGGGAGCUGCUGGCCGCGCUGCAGAAGGUGGUGGUGCCCAUCUACUGCACCAGCUUCCUGGCCGUGGAGGAGGACAAGCAGCAGAAGAUUGCCCGGCUCCUGCAGCUCUGGGAGAAAAACGGCUACUUCGAUGACUCCAUCAUCCAGCAGCUCCAGAGCCCGGCCCUCGGCCUGGGCCAGUACCAGGCCACGCUCAUCAGCGAGCACUCGUCGGUGGUGCAGCCCGUGCAGCUGGCCUUCCAGCAGCAGAUCCAGACACUGAAGACGCAGCACGAAGACUUCGUCAGCAGCCUGGCGCAGCAGCAGAUGCCGCCCAUGGAGGCCGAGGUCAAGGCCACCCCGCCGCCCGCCCCGCCGCCCGCGCCCGCGCCCGCCCCGGCCAUGCCACCCACCACGCAGCCUGAUGACAAGCCUCCCAUCCAGAUGCCAGGCUCGUCCGAGUACGACGCCGCGGGAGGGGUGCCAGACCCCGGGGCUGGGGGGCCGCGGGGCCCUGGGCCCCACGAGCAGAUCCCGCCCAACAAGCCUCCGUGGUUUGACCAGCCGCACCCCGUGGCUCCGUGGGGCCAGCAGCAGCCUCCGGAGCAGCCGCCCUUCCCGCACCACCAGGGCGGGCCGCCGCACUGCCCGCCGUGGAGCAGCGGCCACGAGGGCAUGUGGGGCGAGCAGCGCGGGGACCCCGGCUGGAGCGGCCAGCGUGACGCACCCUGGAACAGCCAGCCGGACCCCAACUGGAGCGGCCCGUUCGAGGGCCCCUGGAGCGGGCAGCACGAGCAGCCGCCCUGGGGCGGGGGCCAGCGGGAGCCCCCCUUCCGCAUGCAGCGGCCGCCCCACUUCCGCGGGCCCUUCCCCCCGCACCAGCAGCACCCGCCCUUCAGCCAGCCGCCGCACCCCCACAACUUCAACCGCUUCCCGCCGCGCUUCAUGCAGGACGACUUCCCCCCGCGCCACCCCUUCGAGCGGCCGCCCUACCCGCACCGCUUCGACUACCCGCAGGGGGACUUCCCCGCAGAAAUGGGGCCCCCGCACCACCACCCCAGCCACCGCAUGCCCCACCCCGGAAUCAACGAGCACCCGCCCUGGGCCGGGCCCCAGCACCCCGACUUCGGGCCCCCCCCCCACGGCUUCAACGGGCAGCCCCCACACCUGCGGCGGCAGGGCCCCCCCCACGUCAACCACGACGACCCCAGCCUGGUCCCCAACGUGCCCUACUUCGACCUCCCCGCCGGGCUGAUGGCGCCCCUGGUGAAGCUCGAGGACCACGAGUACAAGCCCCUGGACCCCAAGGACAUCCGCCUGCCGCCACCCAUGCCGCCCAGCGAGCGCCUGCUGGCCGCCGUGGAGGCCUUCUACAGCCCGCCCUCCCACGACCGCCCGCGGAACAGCGAAGGCUGGGAGCAGAACGGCCUGUACGAGUUCUUCCGCGCCAAGAUGCGCGCGCGGCGGCGGAAAGGCCAGGAGAAGAGGAACAGCGGCCCCUCGCGCUCCCGCAGCCGCUCCAAGAGCCGCGGGCGCUCGUCCUCACGCUCGCACUCCAGGUCCUCCAAGUCCUCCGGCUCCUACUCCCGCUCGCGCUCCCGCUCCUGCUCGCGGUCCUACUCCCGCUCCCGCUCCAGGAGCCGGAGCAGGUCCCGCUCCUCCAGAAGCCGCUCCCGCUCCCGCUCCCGCUCCCGCUCCAAGUCCUACUCUCCAGGCCGGCGGCGCCGCUCCCGCUCCAGAAGCCCCACCCCGCCCUCCUCUGCUGGCCUGGGUUCGAAUUCGGCGCCUCCCAUACCUGACUCGAGGCUAGGGGAAGAGAACAAGGGGCAUCAGAUGCUGGUGAAGAUGGGCUGGAGUGGAUCUGGCGGCCUGGGGGCCAAGGAGCAGGGCAUCCAGGACCCCAUCAAGGGCGGGGACGUGCGGGACAAGUGGGACCAGUACAAGGGCGUGGGCGUGGCGCUGGAUGACCCCUACGAGAACUACCGCCGCAACAAGAGCUACUCCUUCAUCGCCCGCAUGAAGGCCCGCGACGAGUGUGCGUAG